AUGCGCCAUUUCGACGCCUGGUUGCUGCGCGACCCCUAUUCCAUCUUCCACUACUACCCGACCGGCCGUCGGUGGCAAGAAACCGUGCGCGAUCUGAUCCAGGAACGCAAGAUCUGCUCUCCCUCGGUCAAUGACGAUGAUGAUGAUGCUCCCGCGUCACCCGUGAAUCUCUUCGAUCAGCCCUUCUCAUCCCAGUCUGAGUGCAGUCUGCUGCAGAAGCUGCCGGCCGAGAUCCGUCUACUGAUCUACCAAUACGUCUUUGGCAAUGAGACGGUGCACCUCGUCCAGCUGAAGGGGAAGAUACGGCACGUACGUUGCCAGCACGUCCAGUCUUCGAUGCAGAGCCACCGGCGGUGCUGUCCAGUAACCAGAGCGAGAUGGAACGAUAAUAAUAGCAACACCAAUUCUACUGCUUCUACUACCAACCGUUUUGAUAAAGGAGACACCGCGUUGUACCCGCAUACUCAUCCAUGUCUCCCCUCCUCACUCAGCAACUCGAGCCCCGCGCUGCUUCGCACCUGUCGCGCCGUGUAUGCCGAAGCCGCCACCCUGCUCUACUCUCGCGUCACCUUCGACGUCGACGACCUGCACACGCUGAUCGCCUUCUUGGCGAGCGUGAGUCCCGCGCAGCUCCGCUGCAUCCACAGCCUGACAGUCCAGUACAUGACCAUCUGGCAACCCAUGACGGGCGAAGAACAUCCGUCCUCCAUAUACGCCCACACGCACAACGACAGGCUGUGGGUGAAGUUUUGGAGCCGUGUUGCCGCUCUACAGGGGUUGGAAGAGUUACGGGUGAGUCUCGAUUUGGGUAGUUUCAGAAGCAUCCCCGAUCCGAACCAGAACCAGAACCAAGCAGUAACAGGUUUACUGCUUGAAAACAAAAAACGAUUGCGUCUCUCCAUCGACCAGCCUUGGGUCGCCCCCCUGCUGGAUAUCCGCGGCCUGGAUUCCUUCGAGCUGGGGAUCACGGCAAAAUGCGACGCCUUCGCUAAGAGGAUCCUCGAGGCGGACCUGUGUCGCGACGCGGCUACCUUACGAGAUGAUCUGCAGCAUGUCCUCUGUUCAGACAGGCUGUCACUGACCCAACACAGUGUAGGAUCGGCACGGGGUACCGGAAAACCCAGGCUGGCUAUCACGGCGGCAUAG